AUGGGCCUGCAUAAGGAGCGGCUCUGCGACACGGAUGCCACAGCAGUAACACCAGAGCUGGUCCGGCGAGAAGAGGCUGGGCAGCGCCCUUCUCUCACUGCCAUUGCCAGAAGCAGGGCUACGCUGGGCGUGGAGUGGAGCGAAGCGUGCUCCAGCCUUGGUGCGUCGGCCCUCUCGCGCGCCCUGGAGACCACGGCACCAACCGUCUGGGUGGCAUUCAUAGCCAUGCGGAGUGGGUGCCUCUGCACGGCCUACUGGUUCGGGCUCGGCUUCCUCAGUGUGGUGACCACAACCUCCGUCGGAGUGGGGGCACCCCGGGUUAAGUCCGAGGACUCCUGGGCUCUGGACGUGGAGGUUGACUUCGCCAACACCUUGCUCCGGCUCCGCGUGGUGGUGUCCGGCAGCAACAAGGCUAAGGAAGUCCUCAAAAAGGUGCGGUCUCGGACGGGCUACGCUCUGUCGAGCUUGUCGCUGGUCCCAGGGGCACUCCUUUGCCACCUGAGGACCCCCUGCCUCCACGUGCAGGAGGGCACCAGCUUGCUCCACGCCACAGCGUCGCCGCAGGAGGCGACUCCGGUUGAAUACCAGGGGCCUCCCAUCGUCUCGCCAGAUCUUCGCUUCUGCAUGGCAUGCCGCGUCCGCACCGCGACGCUGGAGCACAUGCAAGCCCACAUGAUGACAAGCGAGCACGUGGCCCGUGUGGCCGAGUACGUCACGGCCUUCAUGGACUUGGAGUCCUAA